UCAGUAGUCUACCACCAUCUUCGUGUAAAGCGCCGUCGUGCAAACUACAAAGAAAAGGCCAUCAGUUCAGCAAGCACACUCGCGCUGUGCAAGUUUUGUAGUGGACUAGAGCAAAAAUUCGGGUCGCCGAGGCGAACGCGUACGCGUACACACAUUCUCGUUUCAGUCGUGUGAAAAGGCGAACUUUUCCCGUACAUUUUUCGCUUGUUCCUUCUCGUCGUCGUCAUCGCCUUCGUCGUCGGUGUGUAAAUUUCACGGAGAUAUUUUGUCCGCGCACUCCACGAUCGGGAGACAGCUUAAUUUCCAACUGCGACAGCAACAAAACUCCGUUCGCGUUUCCGAAAACCAAAAAGUAUGGAUUCGGAAAUUCCGGAACUUUCCGACGAGGCCGAAGAACAUGUCAAACUUGAAAAUGGCGAUGAGGUUGCUCUGCCACCUCGGACUCGCCUCGUUACCACAGCCGACGUUCAAUCUGGUAACACAGUUGUCCAAGUACCGGUUUCUCUGCCGGUGGGAACUCUUAUAGGCGGCACAACGUUUAAUGUACUCACUCACGAUCAAAUCCAACACUUCAAACCGAUGAUUUGCGUGGAUAAUAAUGGAUUUGUGUCAGGAAGUACCGUUGUCGGAGACUUGACCGGUGACCUCAAACCAACGCAUAUCGUGAUCCAGCAACAGGGAUCAGACCAACAACAGCAAGUCAGUACGAAUCAAGAUGAUCUAGUGGACCAGCAACAAGUUCAAUCCCAAACACAGCAGGAAUAUCGCAUAGAAACUAACAAUCUUAUCGACCGGUUGAGCAAUCUCGACAUCCUGCCGGUACGGUGUAAGACAACAACAGGCGAGCUGUACAAGAGCCGCCUUGGAUCCGGGGGUCGUGGAAAGUGUAUUAAACAUAAGGACGGCUGGUAUACUCCCAGUGAAUUCGAAAAUAUCUGUGGCCGCGGUUCUAGCAAAGACUGGAAGCGUUCGAUACGCUAUGGUGGUCGAAGUCUGCAGGCAUUAAUCGACGAAGGAAUACUUACCCCACAUGCUACCAGUUGCACAUGCUCCGCAUGUUGUGACGACGAAUCUGCCGCUUCAGGUCCUAUUCGACUGUUCACACCCUACAAACGGCGACGGCGCAAUCAAAUCGAGCCCGAACAGCCCGAGAAAAAGAAGCGAAUUAUUGUAAAUAACAAUACUAACACUAGUAAUAACAACAUCCAUAUAAACAACAUCAGCAGUACGAUCAGCAACCCAAGUACUACGACGGCAACCGUCAAUCAGCAGAAUACCACCGUUAGUCACCAACAUGCUGCACAGCAGCAACAACAACAGCAGCAGCAAGUACAACAGCAACAUGUGCAACAACAGCACCAGCAACAUCAACAAGUCCAACAACAACAACAGCAGCAACAUCAAGUGCAACAACAAAUUCAUCAGGCUACUGCAACCAUCAAUGCAACGCCGAUUAUCACCAACAACACGAGUACCACCACUACCACAACGACCGUCAAGGUGGUCCAGCAGGAACAGCAAGAGAUUGAAAACGAACUGGCCAUAGCAACCAAAGAGGAACCAUGGCAAACGCUAGCCGAAGGAAUCGAAAGUGCCACAGAGUAUGUCGAUCAAACGACACAGUUGGUUUCCGAAGCCAACCUACCAUUCGAGAAUCUAAAAUCUCUGUGCUCCCAGGUGGUUAAGGCUAUGCACGAGAUGAAAAAAUAUAUCGGCGAGGCCCGGGAAAUUCACACUCGACAGCUGGAGAGGUUGCAGAGGGAGCGAGACGCGGCUAUUUUAGCCGUCACUCAACUUGAAGAGCAAAACAAUAUCAGUAGUCAAUUACCACCAGGAUCGGUUCAUGCAAAUAAAAAGUGCGCCAACUGCAACCGGGAAGCCCUGGCCGAAUGUUCGCUGUGUCGACGGACCCCGUACUGUUCUACCUUCUGUCAACGAAAAGACUGGAUCACUCAUCAGAAUGAGUGCGUGCGGAGUACACAGGAAGCGACCCAUCAGAUUAUGCUGAUAGUGGAUGAAACUCAAUAACCUUUAAUUUUCUAAUUGCGACCGGCUCAAAGUGAGAAAUGAGAAGAAAAUGUAGUCCUAUAAGGUGCUACACAGUAACAUGUUCGAAAUUAACAAAGCUUAAGGUAGAAACACGGAAGUGUGGGAAGCAGCCUUGGGCUGCAUACCGUGGAAGUGCAAGCUGCAUUCGAGGGUCGCAAUUUAGUAAGAUGAUUAACGCACCGCGUUACUAAAUGGUUUAUCGCUGCGCUAGAACUGGGGCGCAAUGGUAAUGCCAGCAACUAUUUUUAUAUUUAAAUAGCAAAAUCGGAAUUCGUUUUUUUUUAAACCUGGAAAUCGGACCGAACUGGAUUCACGUACGAGGACUUACUAGACGGAUGCUAGUAAGCAUCAGUCGUGUGUAACUUCUUUGUUUUUAUUUUACUAGGCAAUUGCGGAAGUACAUAUAUUUAAAGAGUAAAGUGUGUAUUUAAUGACAGAAAAUGAAGUUUAAAAAAAAACUUUAUUUAAAAUAGUGGAUAUGAAGAAUAAUAAGAGAUUUCAACUCUUAAAAUGUUAUGCCAUGUUUUUAUUUUUGUUUUCUUUUGAUUAUUAUAUCACAUCAUUGUUUGUUGAUUUUUAGAAUCAACGGUUGUUAUUUAUUGGUUUAUAAAUUUGUUUUUUUUUUUCCUUUUUCCUCAAUUACUUGAAAUGGAACAUGUUACAAAAACGAAUGUAGAUGUCGAUUUUAAAUCGUUACUCUUAAUGCCUUUUUAUAAAAAGAUCGUUUUACUAUGCUUUGGAAUGGUUUUUUGUUUCGUAAUAAAUAUUUAAACUUAAACACGAAUAUUUUUUCAUGGAUAUGGAAAUGUUAGUAUGGGCACAACCGCAAUGAAUCAAAGCAUUUACUAAUUGAUUGGGUCUAUAUUACAGAGAACAGACGAAGAAUUAUGGCUUCAAAUAGAAUUAUUCUAUCUACCAUAAAAAAGAAACACAUCUUCCUUUCCUUCAAACCCAAUCAAAUUCUAGACUUAUAAAAAAAGUUCAAUUAAUCAUAAACAUCAAACUUUCGAAGCUCUCAAGAGAUUUUAAGCUUUUCAAAUUUGAUGUCAUCAGUUUUAUUUACUUCACAUAAAUAGAUUUGUUCUCGCGUUGCGAAGAAGCAAAUUUCGUUUGAAGUGACAAUCAUUGUCCGAAUGGCAGAAUCUGUUCAACAACUUGUUUUCUAAUUCACAAUUUAUUGCAAUAGCGCCAUUUUUUUUUUAAGUUUUAUUGCCAUACAUUGACUUAUACAUAUGUAAUUCAACAACAGUUUAUGGUCUUAAAAUCAAGUUUAAUUUCUUUAGGUUAUUUUAAAUUUAAUAUCGAAUAAACAAAAAUACUUUAGCAAUCAAGCAAGUUACUAAAAACGAAAUCAACUGCACAGUACGGUGUUUCGUGAAGUAACCAAACUUCUGCUACAUUCAUAUGACGUUUUAUAUAAAUUCGUAUUUAGCGUAAAUUAAUGUGUAACAUAAAUCAUCUGAUAAAACCCGAAAAUCAAUUAUGGAUGGAAACUAGUUUAAAAUAAACCCGGAAACAUUUUGAUGUAAAAUUAUAAACAAAAAAUGGUUUGAAAACACUGUGGAACGAAACGAUAAUCUAAGAAAUAGAUGUACGUAAAUGAAAUAUACCUACAUUCAGUGUAACUUAUAAAA